AUGAAGAAAGAGCUUUUGGCUAUUGUCUACGCCUCUGACAAGUUCAGACCCUACCUUGUCCAUUGGAAGUUUGAAAAGGUGAUGAAGAGAUAUGGAGUAACCCAUCGCGUCGCCAUUGCAUAUCACCCUCAAACCAAUGGUCAAGUUGAAGUUACCAAUGGGGAAUUAAAACUCAUUAUUGAGAAGACAGUUCAUCAGGGCAGGAGUGAUUGGUUGAAAUGGUUAGAUGAUGCUCUUUGGGCCUACCGAAUAGCAUAUAAGACAUCGACUGGGCAUACUCCCUAUCGUCUUGUCUAUGGUAAAGCAUGCCACCUACUUGUUGAACUAGAACAUCAAGCAUAUAGGGCUAUCAAGUUGUUGAAUUUGAAUACACAGGAAAUGCAGAGGAAAAGGAAUUUCAAUUGA